AACGCAUAACUUGCUUUCUCUUGCAUUGAGAUGCUAUGAUGUAAGGUGUGCGGAUAGUUUGUUAUAACAACCGGUUCUCUAUGUCUACAUCUUAUUUAGAUUUGAUAUGCUACAUUAGCCAAGCAUGAUCAUGGAAAAGCGUGGAUAAGCUGACGAGUAAACUAUUACAUCGUUGUUAAGUGUAUCGCAUUUCCAUUAUUGUGGAAUCAAACUGGUGAAAUUUGAUUUUGAGGAUUUCUAGUGUCCGAGAGGAGAGUAACGAUAUGAUGACAAAUGCCAGCCCGUUCGGCAGGCGGAAGAAGUCGACGGGGCAGACGGACUUCAAAGUGGUGAUUACGGGCAUAAGAGGAGUGGGUAAAACAGCUAUAACAGUGAGAUACCUGACGAAGAGAUUUAUUGGAGAAUACGGCCAAGAAACGGAAUGCCGAUAUCACCAUCAGGCAAAGAUAGACAACGAUCUCGUUUCCAUGGAGAUUCUCGACGUUGGACCCGAGAUCUCCAUCAAUGACGAGCUUGUUGCCUGGGCUGAUGCAAUUCUUCUCGUGUACUCCAUUACUGAUCCGAAAAGCAUGAGGGCGCUUCACGAUUUGAGACCAAAGCUGGAUGAAGCUAGAAGCGGGAAAUCCACCCCACUUGCCUUCAUGGUAUUGGGAAACAAAUCGGAUUUAAUGCACGCGAGGAAAGUCUUUACCAAAGAAGGAGAAAAGUUUGCCAAAGACCUCGGAUGUUCGUACCUCGAAAUCUCCGCAGCGGACUCCUACCAACAAAUCGUAGAUCUCUUCCACGAGCUAUACCGCGAAGCCAAAAUGUACAAACUCGGAACCAAAUCCUCGCUGCUAGGUCGGAUGUUCGGGCAUGCGCGUGAGAAGAAAACAAUGACGCUUUAAAGUGAUAAUCAGUGUCAUCUGAUAAUCAUAUUGAUGGACUCCGCUCCGUAACCAUGGUAAUGCGUGCUGACAUACGCUCGAACAUUACCAGGCACGAGGAUUAUGCCUGUUGGUCGAUGAGGCUCGAGUCUGUUUAAAAGAAAGAAUUACGGCAUGGACGUCUGAUUUAGGAGAUAAACGAGGAAGAGUAGAUGCAAAGACCAGUCUAGACGUUCCGAGAAAGCUUGACUGUCCGUCAUCACUCCAGUACUUCCCAACUCAUCUUAACUAAACUAAACCCAUCCUGACUCCUCUUAGCUCAUCUCAACUCUUCUCAAAUCAAUCUAACUCACCUCAACUCACCUCAACUCACCUUAAAUCAUCUCAACUCAUCUGCCCUCUCAAUUACUAAUCUAUUCAUCGCCUCUCAUUAACCCUUCGCUGACAGGAAUUCUCAACUUACCUGAACUCAUCUCUUCUGCGACAAGUCAUAAUUCUCAUCAGGUUUACAAUCCGUUUAAGAACUUUAUCUUACGUCACGAACGAGUCUUUUUUUCUCUCUCUCUUUCUUUCUUUUCUUUCAACUUUCGCCUCUGUCACUCCACCAUCCAAAAAGCAUUUACAGGACAAACCACAUGAUUAUACGACAUCCUCCUUUACGUUAUGUACGGCCAUUCAAUUGCCGCGUUAGUUUAGCAUCAGAGAAGGUUUGGGAGCAAUCUUCUGAAAGUAUUGUGUGUGUAGAUCUUAUAGAUUUUGAAGCUGAGUAAACAGUACUUUAACAAACUGAGAGAUAAUAGAUGUUAUGAGAUAUUAAUGUCAGAUAAUUUACAUUUCUUCCUAGUUGGUACUGUGUACUUGGUUUUAAAAAUCCAACCAGUAUCGUACAAGGUAUUGUUUAUUUUAUUU